AUGGUGAAUAUAGCAAUCGCUGGAUCUAGCGGCCUUGCCCAGUUCAUUGCACACUGCAUCUCUACAAAGACUUGCCACCAGUUUAUUGUAUUAUCCAGAGCUCCCAAACCUGCUCUAGCUUCCAAGGGAUGGCAGGUGCUUCAGGUGGAUUAUCGCGAAUAUUCCAAAAUUUGCUAUGCACUCAAGGGAGUUGAUGUGGUCAUUUCCACUGUAUCUGGACAGGCUGAGCAUGCUCUCAUUGCCGCUGCUGCUCAAGUUAAAGUUCGACGUUUUAUUCCAUCCGAGUUUGAAGGUUCCCCCUCGAGGCGCCCAGAAUCCAAACUUCCAGAUCGUGGAAACGCCACCAGUCUUUCCCUUCUCCAACAGUCCGGAAUGGAGUAUACUGUCUUUACCUGUGGUAUAUUUUAUGAGCGUUUUGCCCCUGGUGGCAUGGCUGCUUUUCAGCUUGGUCGGGGAUCAUAUAUCGACCAAGAAGGUGAAUACCUUAUAAAUGUUCGUUCAAUGAAGGCAGAUAUUCCAUAUCUAAGUGACGGUAGGAAUUCUGUAGUUUGCAUGACAUCUGCUCAGGAUGUUGCUCGAGCUGUGGUUGCUGCCCUCGACUUGCCGCGGUGGCCUACGGAGUUCACUAUGUAUGGCGAAAGAACAUAUUUAACGAACUUGGUGGGUAUUGUUGAAACUGUAUUUAGUCGCCCAGUUCAAAUGUCUUUCCUCUCUGACGAUAUGCUUGACGAACAACUAGUGCGAGCAAAAGCUUCGAAUGAUGUCCGGGAGCAAUGGCGCCUUUGCCACCUUAUGGCCACUUUAAAUGGAUGUUAUGACUUUGGUACAUGCAACUUAAAUACACUUAUCAAUACGAGACCACAGAGGUUCCAAAAUUGGCUUAGCAUGGUUUGGGCUUGA